AUGUCGCGCGACGAAGAUUGCGACCUGAGUCCGCGCGAGAUCGCGUCGCCGCGCGACGCCGACGACGAGGGCGAUGAUGUUCGCGUCGUGUGCAUCGACGAAGGCGACGACGCGACGCCGCGCGCGCGCGCGUCCGCGGACGCGCCGGACGCGACGACGUCGACGCGAGCAUUCCCAGGCGCGUCCACGGCGCCGGACGCGCGCGCGGCGCGGUUCAAACCGGAACUGAGCGUCAAGUCGUACUUUAAGAAGAUUGAACCAAACGACGCGACGCGCGACGGCGACGCGACGACGCCGGAGGACGCCUCGCCGAAGCGUCGGCGAGGGUUGGUGAAGAUUGAAUUCGAAAAGGACAGGCGCGAAUUCACGACGAAGGCGAUCGGGGGAUGUAAGGUGAAGUUUCCGGAGGGACUGAAUCCACAUCCGGCGCAGACGAUGACGAUGUCGAGCAUCAUUCGAGCGUUGACGAAACGCGAGCACGCGAUGAUUGAGUCGCCCACGGGGACGGGGAAAACGUUAGCGCUGUUGUGCGGGGCGUUGGCGUGGCAGGAACGAGAGGUGGCGCUUUCGAUGGAGAAGAACAAGGGCUAUUGGUCGGAAAAGAUGAAGUAUCAAACGGCGCGGAACGCGUACAAAGACGCGAUUUUCAUCUGUUCGCGAACGCAUUCGCAGAUUAAUCAAAUUUUGCGUGAACUCAAGCGAACGGGGUAUUCGCCGCGGUACAGCGUGCUGUCCUCGAGACAACGGAUGUGCCCGAUGGAAAAGAACGACGCGCAGUGCAAAGAAUUACUCGGCACUGGAGUGGCUCAACAGAGCGGUCGCACGGCGUGCGGGUUUUUCAAUCGACACAAGCACGUGUCGUCGAACAUGGAGCGAUACCCGAAGGCGGGCGAAGAAGGCAUGUUUCCGAGCGCGUGGGACAUGGAAGACUUUGAGCGCGUCGUGAAUGAAAUCGAAGGUUGUUCGUUUUACGCGCUUCGCGAGAUGGUGAAGACCGCGGAUUUGAUCUUUUGCCCGUACAAUUAUCUGUUUGACGUGAACAUUCGACGAAAGAUGAAGAUAGAUCUGAAGGACGCCGCCGUCAUCAUCGAUGAAGGGCACAAUCUUGAAGACGUGUGCAGAGAAGGUUCGUCGAUUGAGUUUUCGCUCGACACCAUCGGAAAAGGUAUGGAUGAGUUGUCGAAGACUUGGGGGAAAAUCAACAACGAAACGAGUUUGAUCGCCAGAUUCUUUCGAGCGAUUUCCGCGUUCAUGGAGGGUCUUUUCUGCACCAACACCGCGCCGACGACGGUGAUUCAAUCGAACCAGCUCGAGUACUUCGUAAACGACAUGCUGAAAACAUUCAACGCGGUGGGUGAGUACACGCAGGACAUCAUAGACGUCGUAGAAAAGUUACUCACUGAGGACAGCAAUUUGAUGUCGCCUAUCAUCGCGCCGCACAUUACGUUCGCCGGAGAUCUAGCCGAAGUUUUGCAAAACGCCGUCAAGCACGCGGCUGCGUACAACAUUUUCAUCGGCUCGCGGGUUGAAAUCGACGGCGAUGAAUGUCCAGGUAUGGUGAUUCAGUGCAUGAAGCCGUCAGUCGCGUUUCACGCCGUUGCGGAGAAAGCGCGCUCGGUAAUCAUCACCUCUGGUACGUUGUCGCCGAUGAAUACGUUCGAGGCGGAGCUCGCCGAGAAGUUUCCGACGAAAAUCGAAGCGCCCCACGUGGUGCCAAACGAUCACGUGUACGUCGAAGUGACGAGCGCGAUUGGCGAGGUGACGUACAAGGCGACAGAUGGACACGUCCAAGGACCGAAGUUCGCGAAAAAGUUGGGCGAAUACUUGUUGAAAUACGCUCAAGUCAUCCCGGGAGGGAUGCUCGUGUUUCUUCCAAAGUAUAGUCUCAUCGACCGCGUCUUGCGCGAAUGGCACGUGACUGGUUUGUUUGGGAAGAUGAACGAUUACAAACGCGUCGUCGUGGAAACGCGGGGCGCGCGAGGUUUCCAGGACACCCUGAACGAAUUCAAUCUCGGAAACACGAACGGUAAAGGAUCGUUGAUGCUUGCCGUGUACCGCGGUAAAGUGUCCGAAGGUAUCGAUUUCAAAGACGACAGCGCGCGGGCUGUGUUUUGCGUCGGCAUUCCGUUUCCGAGCGUCUACGACAUCAAGGUGAAGGCGAAGAAAGAAUUUAACGAUUUACCCGUUUCUCGAGCGCAAGGCAUGCUAUCGGGCGGCGAGUGGUACCGCGCGCAGGCGUACCGCGCGUACAACCAAGCGCUCGGUCGUUGCAUUCGCCAUCCGAAGGAUUACGCCGCGUUGUUCCUCGUCGACUCGCGUUUUCGCGAAAGUCGUUGGAUGCUGAACAACAUCUCUAAAUGGAUUCGCAACAACGCGCAGGCGUCCGACGACGUCAAUCAAAGCGUGCGAGUGGUGGAUGGAUUCUUUAAGCGCCUUCGCGGCGCAUCCGACGGAAACGCGCCGGCGGGGUCGACGGCAAAGCACGAGGAAACUCAACAAAAAGAAAAUCUCCUCUGCGGCCUGGGGUGCGAGAAAAACGCCGCGCUCUGCGCCGCGCUCGAGAGACUCCACGAAGCGAGUAUGCUUUCGCCCGAGGAGCCGAUGAAAGUGAACGCGUAUGCGAAAGCGUUGACGUCCAUUCGCGCGUUGAAGUACGAAGUCACGAGUGGCGCGAAGAUGAGUAAAGCGGGUCCCGACAAAGUGCAGCACGUCGGACCGUCCAUGGGCGCGCAAAUCGAUUUCUUUCUCAAGCACGGCGUCUUCGAACGAAUGGAGUAUUACGAGCGCAAAGAGCUUCCCCCGUCGUCGGCGAAGUAG